AGCGAUUUCCUUUAGAGCCUGGCCUUAUCUCCGGCUGCACGUUGCCUGUUGGUGACUAAUAACACAAUAACAUUGUCUGGGGCUGGAAUAAAGUUGGAGCUGUUUACCCCCACUCUAUAGGGGUUCAAUAUAAAAAGCCGGCAGAGAGCUGUCCAAGUCAGACGCGCUUCUGCAUUUGCGCUGGAGCGAGUGCUGCGAGGGUCCUCGGGUCUCCGCUGCUGUCCCCGCAAGCCACCCGCCGCGUGCGUCUUCAGACCGCUCCCACUGCCUUCCCUCCUGGCAGAAACUCCUUUUUCUCCCCAUUAACGAGCACUUAGGCUGAAGGAUCGCUUUGAGAUCAGAGUAACCAGAAGCGCUUUGAGGGAACUGAAGCCGUUUUUCUUCGUUUUUUUCCUUCGGGUUUAACUUGCAGGGGAGGAAUUUUGACCUCUUUUACAGAAUGGAUUAUUUCCCUAUGAUUUUCUCUCUGCUGUUUGUGGCUUUCCAGGGAGCUCCAGAAACAGCCGUCUUGGGCGCUGAGCUCAGCACCGGAGCAGACGGCGGAGGGGAGAAGCCGUCUCCCAGUGCACCCUGGCGGCCCCGCCGCCGCUCCAAGCGCUGUUCCUGCUCUUCUUUGAUGGAUAAAGAGUGUGUCUACUUCUGCCAUCUGGACAUUAUCUGGGUCAACACUCCCGAGCACAUUGUUCCAUAUGGACUUGGAAGCCCUUCUAGGUCCAAGCGAUCCUUAAAGGAUUUAUUUUCUACCAAAGCAACAAACUACAGGAAUAGAUGCCAGUGUGCCAGCGAAAAAGACAAGAAGUGCUGGAAUUUUUGCCAAGCAGGAAGAGAACUCAGGGACCAAGCCACUAUGGAGAAAGGCUGGAAUGACCAUAAGAAACAAAAAGACUGUUCCAAGCUUGGAAAGAAGUGUAUUCAUCAGCAGCUGGUGGAAAGAAGAAAAAUAAGACGGUUGGAGGCCCUCAGCAACAGCAUCAAAACAGCUUUUCACAUUGCCAAGCUGAAAGCUGGACUCUACAAAGAGAAGAAAGUGACCCACAACCGAACACACUGAUUCCAGAUCGCACUGCAUGAAGUCAUCUCCUCCACAGAGAGCCGCGCUGCGCGGCUGACUGCAUUCUCCCCACACUGGCUGGGAUCAGAGCAAAGCAUCCUUCCUGCUUAGACCAUUUCUUGUUCCAGACUGGCAAAGAACCAGCGUCCUCCUUCCAAACAUUCCAAGACCUGCUAAGGAGUCCCCCAACCCGUCUUCAUUUCCUUCCAUCAGCGGUAACUGCUUUUGUCUCUCUUGAGGGCUGACAAUGGACCACUCAGAGAAAGCAGAGAGAAACAAUGACUUGCAAAUUAUGGUGGUGUCCUUCACAGGGAAGAGAGGAGACUCCACCUGCGGGUGGGGUUCCUGAAGAGGGUCUGAAGGGAGUGUUUGUGUCUCACUCAGGCGCCUGGCACAUUUCAGGGAGAAACUGCAAAAGCCAUGCAAAGAUUUUUCUAAGGAAUGCACAAAUUGAAAACAUACUCAAGUGAAAAAAAAUGUUUUUUUUUUUAAUCCACAAAAUGCAAAACUGAAAGAAACUGUUACUACUGUCAAUCAGGAUGUGUUUCCUAAAUAUGAGUCUACCUCACACGUAUUGCACUCUGACAGAAGUAUGUCCCCAGCUUUAAUUAUUGCCCCCCAAACUCUUCCCUUUCCUGCUACCCCCUCCUUGAAAAUCUUCACACUCAAUCCUGGCCUCACAGAAGUCUGGUCUAAUGUGUCAGGAGUAGAUACAACACUUUUGUGGUAAUCUACUAGCUCUGAUCCGUAA